AUGCCGCCCCCCGUCCCCGCGGAAGAUCGCCUCGCCGAUCUCUUUUCACUAGCAGGAAAGGUGGUCGUGAUAACCGGUUCCUCUGGCCCCCGCGGUAUUGGGUUCGAAGCAGCACGAGGCUGCGCAGAGCUGGGUGCCACCGUCGCGAUCACAUACAACACACGCGAGAAAGAAGCCAAACAGAACGCGGAACAACUCGGACAGGAAUUCAACGUCGACGCCCGGGCUUACCGGUGCGAUGUUACCAGCGACACUUCUGUCCAGAACUUAAUCCAAUCGGUGCUUCGUGACUUUGGCCAAAUCGACGCCUUUAUCGCGAACGCAGGGCAGACGGCAAACUCGGGCGUACUGGAUGGUACACUUGACGACUGGAGGGAUAUUGUCGACGUUAAUCUACAUAGCGCCGCUCGCUGUGCCAAGUUUGUCGGAGAGCACUUCAGACAGUGCGGUAGGGGCUCCUUUGUCCUGACUGCGUCGAUGUCCGGGCAUAUUGCGAACUUUCCGCAAGAACAGACUUCGUAUAAUGUUGCAAAGGCUGGGUGUAUCCAUUUUGCAAAGUCGCUCGCGAACGAGUGGAGGGAUUUUGCUAGAGUCAACGCUAUUUCGCCUGGGUAUAUUGAUACCGGGCUAUCGGACUUUAUCUCUGAGGACACCAAGCAGUUGUGGAAUUCGAUGAUUCCAGUGGGAAGGCCGGGCGUCGCAAAGGAGUUGAAGGCAGCUUAUGUGUAUUUGAUUAGCGAUGCCAGCAGUUACACUACGGGUGCUGAUAUUGUUGUAGAUGGAGGGUAUUGUGUUCGCUAG